AUGUCUUCCCUUAGGGCAGAUGGGAGAAUUGGUUCAGACCAGGGAAAAACUAAAGGUGGCAACACUGCGAAACUGCUGAUCGGAUUUGCUGAGAGGAGUUGGAAUUUGAGAAAGUCACUUUCUUCUCUAGAACUUCAGCAAGAAGUGGAUAAAAUAACCGAGGAGGACGGGGAGUUCACGGAUUUUUCCGACUUCUCAGAUGUUGAUCCCGAUUACAAUAACUCUGGCAGCGAGUUGAGUGGGGAGUCCAAUAAUGAAUCCAGUUCAUCAGAUGAUGACGAAUUAAUACAGGAUGAAGGUCACGAACCCGAGCCGACAAUAUUAGAUCCCUCAAAUAAACAAUUUGAUUUUGUUUGGUACGACUACUCUGGGAAUCAUCAAACAUUUCAAUUCAGCGGUAAUGAAGAAAUUCAUCCUAAUUUAGCUAAGGACAGUGUUGGGCUUCGAGGGAGAUCAAAGAAGACAAUUAAUAGAAAGUGGGACGAAUUAGCGAUAUGUCUGAAUACUCAUGGAUCUGGAGCUACAAUGCUGGAGAAGGAUAAUAAGAAGAGUAGUGGUGAAGAUGAGAUAACGAGCAUAAUCAUGAAAAAUUGA